AUGCUCGAAGAACGAGAUUCUUACCAGCAGGGCAGCUUCUGGUACUAUGCUCCGAACAAGGGCGCUCCCAUAGCCUUUGCCAUUCUAUUCGCAGUUUCGGGUCUUUGGCACUUUUAUUUAUGCCUGAAACUUCACUGCUGGAAAGUCACCGGAUUACUUCCCUGGUCCGCAACGUUGUUUACUGCUGGUUUCGUCGUACGAUCCAUCGCGGCAUUCGGACAAUGGGAUAAUCUGAACCUGUUUAUUGUCAGUCAAUGUCUUCUACUUGUAGGACCACCCAUCUAUGAAGCCGCCAAUUUCCUCACCCUCGGUCGCAUUCUCUACUACGUCCCUUACCAUUCCCCCAUCCACCCCGGGCGAGUCUUCACCACCUUCAUCGCGCUAGGCCUGAUAAUCGAGUCUCUGACAGGCAGCGGAGCCUCGCUAGUAUCGAAUUCCUCUAACCCUCCCUCUGUGCAAGACGCCGGGAAAGCACUGAUGAAGGCGUCGCUCAUCUUGCAGUUGGUGCAAAUGGCCGGUUUCGUCUCUAUUGUCCUUACAUUCUACCGGCGAUGCUACCGGGCUGGUCUCUUGUCCUACAAAAUCAGGCGGCCUCUGCACGUGCUACUUGCCAGUUGCGUUCUCAUCACAAUCCGCACGGUCUACCGCACUGUCGAGUACUUUGAAGCGGCGAGUAUCACGGUCUGGGAUAUCGAUAAGAUAAGCCCUGUCCUGAAACAGGAGUGGUUCUUUUGGGUCUUUGAAGUGAUGGUUAUGUAUUCUAACACAACCAUGCUGAAUAUCCUUCAUCCCAUGACGAAAUUACCAAAGUCAAAUAAAAUCUAUUUAGCAAAGGAUGGGGUUACGGAGAUUGAGGGACCGGGAUUUCAGGACAAGAGGCCGUUUAUUCUGACAUUCCUUGACCCGUUUGAUGUUGGGGGUAUGUUGAUGAAGAAGAAGAGGCAUGAGAAGUUCUGGGAGGAGGGAAAUCAAGGACUGUCGGCUGGGGCGAAAGUCGGAGAUGUUUAG